AUGGACGUCGACGAGAGCAACACGUCGUCGGACGCGGCCGUCGGCGGCGCCAUGCGCAGCGGCCUGCGCUCGAUGGUCAUGCGGCUGCGCUUGCAGAACCCGAUUGUCGGUUCGUUCCCGCGGACGGUGCCCGUCAAGGCCGUCGCGUCGGCGUCCGACAACCUCAGCUUGCUCAUGGACGUGACGGGGUACGUCAAGGAGGCGAAGGAGCAGCUGGACCAGCACCGCUCGCCCCAGGCCAAGGUCGCGACGCUGACAAAGUGGGCCAUGUGGACAUGGGUGCCCAACCUCGUGCGCUCGAGUCUCCUCGGCAGCGCGACGUGGGCGAGCUACGAGCUAUCGACAAAUGCGUUGACGCCGUCGCAGACGCCGCAGAACGUGGUGGCCUGCACCUUUGGCGUCGCGCUUGUUGCGGGUGGCGUCGCCGGUGCGCUGCAUGGCUCGCUAUGGACAGCGACCGAAGAGCUCUUGAUGCGCAUCAAGCAGACCGCGACGUCCGGCUACAACCUGCGGGGCGUGCUGCUCAGCCACACGACGACGCACGUGGCCAUGUUUAGCACCUACGAAGGGACCAAAGCAACGUUACUCGAGUCGGUGGUUCCCAGUGAGCACAAGGAAGAUCGAUCGGCGGUGGUGACGGGCGCGUGCAUCGUCGCGGCGGCGGCGACAUCCGGUCUUGUCGGUGAAGUCGCGACCCACUACAUUGCGCCGUUUGAGCAAGCACCCUUCAACGAGAGUCUAAAGGAAGCGGCCGCGCUCGCACGGCCAACGCUACGGGGGAUGGCGCCGUCGGCCUUUUCGACACUGCUCGGCUGGCUCGCGUACGAGUUUGCCAAAGACAUGGUCGACGACGCCACCGGAUGAUCGUCAUGACGUCGAUCGAGUGAGUGACCGACGUAGGUGUAGUGUAUAGAGAGAUAUGCAUACUAGAGAAGAAUUCAGGUGUCCCAUGCCA